UGGCUCGCUGAGUUCGAUGUGGUUUUACUCUUAUCGUUUUUUGGUUUCUCAUUCUGUUUAAUGCGGCUUUGUUCUCCAAGAGUGUCGUUCUUUCUGCGUUUUCGUCGGAUUUUACGGUAUUGAAACUAGUUGAAUCGGAAUGUUAGGGUUUGUUUCUGGUUUAGAGUCUUGCGUGAUAUGUCUUUGAAUGGGGGAGUAGUUCCAUCGGUUCGGAUUUCUGAUGCUGGGGAACCGGGUGUUUUAGGUUUCCUGAAAUCUUCCAGGGAUGUAAUUGGAGCAGGAGAAGGGAUUUGUUUAAGUAAAUGACUGUUUUUGUGAUAAUUCAUGUUUUUUGGGUAGCCAUUGUUGUGAACUUGCAUUGGCGCUCUUAUUGUUCAGAGGGAAGUUGGAGAAGUUGUAGGUGAUCAUAUAUACAGAUUAAGUAUUCUUUCUGGAAGAGGUGAUUCGUAAUGAAUUUGAUGGAUAAGGGCGUUGAUCAGAAGAAAUUGCAGGCUGGAGAUUGCCCUUUUCGCAGGUUCUUUGUGGGACAAGCUGAAAAUGGCGUUACUUCUGAUGCGGAAAAGAUACAUACUAAGUUGAUGAGAAGUUCUUCAGAUAUAUCUUCAUGGAGAGAGGAGAUGGCUUCUACUAGUGGGAUUUACAGUGAAGUUUUGGGUGAAGAAUUUGUGAGGGACAAUGGUUCGUUGUUGAGUUUGCAGCCAUGGAUUUUCAAAAGGGCGAAAUGCUUGAAGAGGAAAGAGGACUCUGUUGGCUGGAGUUUUGAUUGGGGAUUUUCUAAUGGUUCUCCGAGAAGAAUUAACCCUAGUAGUAAUUGGAUUGGUUCCAGAAAAAGGCAAGAUAGAUGUAAUUUUAGGCCUGUAACUUCUGAUGGGAAUAUCUUUGUGCCUCAUCUUUGUAGUGAAAAAGUUGAGGUGGAAGAAUACACUUUUAACUUUCAUCCUGUAUCACAUGUAAAAGAUGAGAGAUUAUCUCAUCCUAUACCGAGCAGCAGAGAAACAAGAAGAAUAAAAGUUGAUUCUUUAGUAGAACAGCCUGAAAAUCUACAGGAAAAUGAAGUUAGCCCUAGCAUAUCGUCUGAGAAAAAAGAGUCUUUUGAUGAAAUAUGUGACCAGGUUAGUGACAAAUUGAUAACAGUGAUAGGUGUUCCUCAUCUUCCACCACAAACUUUGAGAAAAGCAGAAAUAAGGAGUAAAGAAACCAAGCCAGGCACCCUACAUACUGUUAGCUCCCAAAAAUUAUGCAAGAUUUCUGAUGCGCUAGGUUCAUUUGAUGGAAUGUUGCUUUUCUUACUAGGGAUCGCUAUAGGGGUUACAUCCUCUAGUCUCUCAAAUAAAAUUGAAGUAGAGAAGUUAAAGAAGAUGUUAAAUGACAAUAAAAACCUUGUUCAAGAUUUACAUGAAGAGCUUGAGAUGAAAGAUUUGUUGACUGUGAAGGAGAUAGGUAAUGAAACUGAUGGAAACAAAGAACCUGGACAUUAUAAGCUCGACAAAUCCAUCGACAAUUUUCAAAAUUCAAAUUGGAAUGUUGCUGCACCGAAAAUGGAUGAACAAAUCAUUAAAGCUGGGGAGAACCCAGAGGCACUCAGUGAAAUAGAGGCCGAGCUUCAAGCAGAGCUUGAAAAAUUGGAGCUAAACAUCAAUGCCUCCAGCAUAGGGCAAACGGUAUCUGAUUUUAUUGAGUUGCAGCUUGACUCAGCACUCAUAGCAGAUGUUGCUCAUGGUGAAUUCAAAGAAGAUUUGUUCAUCAAUGGUGGUCGAGAAUACCCGAUAGAUGAAGACGAGGACAGCAAAAACGCAAACACAAGUGGCACAGCGCGCCCUCACGAUUCAAAUUACUCCGUCUCUCCCAAGGAGCUCAGCAUAAGACUUCACCGAGUGAUCGAAAGCAGACUCGAGGAAAGGAUCAAAGAACUCGAGAGCGCGCUCGAGCAAAGCCAAAUGAAGCUCAAGCUGGCCGAAGCGGAGAGGCUGAGUUCAAAACCGCCAUUUUCAAGCAGUGAUGGUUCGGAAUCGUCGAAGCAGAAUGAGUCGAGCUCGCGAUUGGAUUUAGCCGGUGAUGCGUUGGUUGCCUAUGAUGAGGCUUAUGGGGAGCUCAUGAGAUUGGCUGAGACGGAGGAUGAGAAAUUGGUGUCAUCUAUUGGUGCUGGGGAUGAUAAGAAUGAACAAGUAUGGGAGCAGAUAGGGUGGAGAAGUGGUUCUUAUGAAAUUUCGGGUACGGAGGAGGAGGAGGAAGAAGAAGAUGAUGAUGAUGAUAGUUUUGACGAGGGGAGGGAUUUGAUACAGAAAAUAGUGGAGAAAACUAAGCAGGGAUCACCUGCUCUGUUGAAUGCACAGAGAUUGUUUUUUUUCAUGGAUUUGUGAUUUUUUUUUCUUUUUUGUAAGGUGGUUCAUAGCAGAUUAGAACAUAUAGAAGUAUUAGUUAGAUUGCGGUGGAAUAGGAAUGAAUUCCCUUUUCAUUGUUUAUUUGGCUUAGGCAGCUUGUCAGGACAAUAGUUCAGAUGUGGUCACACUGUCGUGUAUUGCCUAUUCGGACGUACAGCCGCAGCACCUGCACUUAAUAAUUUCUCGUCA